AGUACAAAACUAACCGUCGAAGAAGAAACCCGGAAGCGAGUGAGAUGUAAACAGUCCUGUCAUAUUACAGCGGUCUGCUGAAAUCCUUCAUUUGAGUGUUUAACGCGUGCAGUCUCUGUGCGGACUCCGUGCGGUCUGUGUCAGUGCGUCAUGCCGUACCUGGGCGGUGAGGACGCGGUGCGGGAGCUGCGGAGAGCUCUGUCCAACCCAAAUGUCCAGUCCGACCCGCUGCGCUACAGAAACACCAUCCUGAAAGUCAUCAGGUCGAUGUCUCAGGGUAUCGAUGUGUCAGGUCUGUUCAGUGAGAUGGUCAAAGCGUGUGCCACUGUCGACAUAGUUCAGAAAAAACUGGUCUACGUCUUCCUGUGUUCCUACGCUGCUCUGAACCCAGAGCUGUCUCUGCUCGUCAUCAACACGCUGAGGAAGGACUGUCAGGAUCCCAACCCCAUGGUGCGCAGCCUGGCCCUGAGGAACAUGACCAACCUCAGGUUACCCUCUUUGGCGGAGUACGUGGAGCAGCCUCUGACGGCCGGGCUCAGAGACAGAGCAGCGUGUGUGAAACGAGUAGCUGUCCUCGGCUGGGCCAAGCUGCACAACCUCCAACCGGACUCAGAGAUCGAUGCAUCCGUGGUGAACGAGCUGUACAGCCUGCUGAGGGACCCCGACCCCGUGGUGAUGGUGAACUGCCUCCGAGCUCUGGAGGAGAUCCUGAAGGAGGAGGGAGGAGUGGCUAUCAACAAACCCAUCACACACCACCUCCUCAACAGGCUGAAGGAGUGUGACGUGUGGGGUCAGUGUGAAGUCCUCAGAGUCCUGCAGCGGUACAAACCUCAAUCAGAGGACGAGCUCUUCGACAUCCUGUCCCUGCUGGAUGCCUCCCUGGUCAGCCCUCACCCACCUGUCAUGGCCGCCACCCUCAGCCUGUUCCUCCACCUCUGCUCAGGCCUCCCUGCCGUCAGUCAGGCAGCUCUGGAGCGAGUACGUGGACCCCUGCUGGCUGCCUGUGGCAGCGCGUCCAGAGAGAUGAGUUUCGCCGCCCUCUGCCACAUACAGCUCCUGUUGUGUUCUCUUCCUGGCCUCAUGGGGGCGCACUACAAAAGGUUCUUCUGCGGCUACGCUGAGCCGGCCUACAUCAAGCAAAGGAAGAUGCAGGUGCUGGUGGAGCUGGUGAAUGAUGAGAAUGUUGUCAUGUUGCUGGACGAGUUGAAAGGAUACUGCACUGAUGUCAACACUGAUACCGCCCAGGCUGCAAUCUCUGCAAUUGGUCGGAUUGGGCGAAGCUACAGCGACAAAUGUCUGGAGAUCCUAACGGGACUGCUCGGACUCAAACAGGACCAUAUCACCUCAGCCGUGGUGCAGACGAUGCGUGACCUGGUGUGGGUGUGUCCUCAGUGCAGCGACACUGUGUGUGUGGCUCUGGAGGGCUGUGAGGACACACUGCAGGACAGCCAGGGCAGGCAGGCCUUACUCUGGCUGCUGGGUGUGUACGGGGAGCGGGUCUGUAGCGCCCCCUACACGUUGGAGGUGUUCAUCGACGGCGUGAGGAGUGAGGCGUCUGUGGGGGUGAAGAUGGAACUGCUGACAACCGCCAUGAGGCUAUUUCUGUGCCGACCUGCAGAGACGCAGGACAUGCUGGGACGACUGCUGCACUACUGCAUAGAGGAGGAGACGGACAUGUGUGUGCGUGACCAGGCUCUCCUUUACUACCGCCUGUUGCAUUGUGGGAUUGAAGAGACUCGUAAGGUGCUGCAGGGUCGGAGGUCAGAUCCCUCCCUGGGCGUUCUGAUUGGCCGCCCUGCAGAGCCCAUCAGCCAAUGGGCAUCCAGCUUCAACACUCUGGAGCCUCUAAAGCAGGUCACCGUGGAGACAGAGUCCCCCAGCAGAGGAAGUCCUGAACAUGUGACCUUUGACCUUUCAAAGCCCAACACUGACCUCUCUGACACUCUGAGCUGCAGCCAGGUGGAGGAGCUUCAUCCAGACUCAGAUGAUGUGGGUCGGUGCACAGACUCCUCUGCUGACGUGCUGCCCCCCCUCAGCCUGUCCCCCUCCCCGGCUCUCGGUCCGGAGCAAUUUGAACGUCUGUGGCUGCAGGGACAAGCUGUGCAUGCAGAGCGAGGUUCUGGUGACGCUGAGAAGGAAGAGGAGGAGUUUACUUGUUUGGUGGAACAUGUCCGAUGUCCUGCAGUUCCUCACUGCUCACCUCAGAGUCUUCAGGCCGCAAUGCAGCUGCUCAACAUCCAAACGUUAGCCUUCACGCCUCCACACACGCUCCCCUGGAGGGUCUACCUGUACACACAUACUCAGCACAUGCACUCUGGAAACACACCACGCAGCACGCUCAUACUUGGGGAGCUGCUGUACACCGGGAAGGACAGAGAGGUGACGGUGGAGGGAGGGGAGGAGGAGGAGGACGGGAGGGGUACAGAUGAAGCAACAGGUGACGGUGCUAGACGCAGAGAGUCGAACAGGAAAGACGAAGAGGAGGAGGAGGUGAAAGUGACUCUUUAUCAGCAGCCCAGAGACGAAUAUGCUCUGAGAGGGUUUGUGUCUAUCCUCACCUCUGUGCUACACACACUGUCCUCAGAGCGAGAGUAACACACACACACACACACACACACACACACACACACACACACACACACACACACACACACACACACACACUCUCACACACUCUCACACACACACACACACACACACACACACACACACACAAACACACACACAAACACACACAAACUCAUCAUGUGACUCGUUGUUCAAGCUAACAUGCUCACUGAUCAUACAUGUAUCAAAGCUCCUCCAAUAAAAUGCUCUGGCUAAUGUGA